AUAGCUGGAAAGAAAAAACAGGGACAGUCACCGUUAGUUGGGUCGCGCGGGCAUGUAUAUGACGUCAUUCAGCCGUACGAUCGCCAUUGCGUUUACAUUAGAGCCCCAUCAAAAUGGGCGAGUUGGGUGUCAGAAACUUGCCUUCUCAUUGGAACCUGUUAGCACAUUUUCUAGCUGCUGGCCAGCGGCCAGCAAAUAAAGGGCGAAAAAGCGAUUAGAUUUCAAUAUCUAGUGAAUGGAUGCGAGAAAGAAAGAAAGAAAAAAAAGUUGCGUUGCAGGUUGAUGUGGUUACAACGAAUGUGUGGUCGAAAUUCACAGAGAUAGUAAGAAAUAGAAUGAAAAAUUAACAAGAAAAAAAAGAACAAAUAUCCAAGUAUACGACGAGAGUUGUUUCAUUGCCACCGCCUCCAUAGCCAAGGGCCGCCUGUGCGGCUGGGAAAACGUCAGAACCGCUCGGGGAGGCUCCGACCGUGUGCUGUUGCUCGUGUUUUGUUUUUUCUUUCUCCCGGACUCGUCUGCUCGGCAGUUGCUUACGCGAUUUCAUUCCAAGUGGACGUGCUUUUUUUAACCUCCUCCCAACUCCCCACCCCAGAGAGAACUUACCAAACAACUAGCCCACGAGCCAUCGAUUGCUUCUUGACUGGCCAAACAACAUCCACGAAAAAUCCCUGACAAAACUAAUGGGAUUGUGUGUUAGGGUUGGACAAGCGCACGCACUUUGAUGGGUUGUUGUUGUUUCUUCUUCGACAAGUAAAAAUAUACGUCGGGGUGUUUUUGAGGGGGGUAGAAAAAGGUGGAGAUAUUUGCCCCGUCUCGAGUGUCAUCGUUGCAGUUCUCCCCAGCACGGAAGGGUUGGAAAAGAAAGAACACAGGAUCGGAUUACGAGCCUUUCCGUCCAGCUUAUUCGUUUUGUAAACUGUGUUGUCCACCUCAACGGUCGUACCCUUCGAUCUAGAGAAACAAGGGGUUCGGCUAAUUCGAACGAGUUUUAUUUGAAAAUUUCCAUCGAGAAAUGAGUGUCGGAGUGGGAAUGGGGAUAGGACGGGGUCAUGUGACGCUGGGUCACGGUGUCAACCUGACUGGUUCUAACGCGACUCCCGGUUCUGGCGUCGAUGGCCUGGACGGCGGCGGUGGCAGUGAACAUGACCAAAUCAGUCCGACUUGGUCGGUGCAGUGCUGGGACACGCUGGGCGAUCAAGUGGAUCACUUGAUCCUGUUGCCCGAACGGGCUCUGACGAUGGACUCGGGUUGGCUGCAAGCCGAUUUGGCCGAGAUUCUGGCCCAUUCCGUCAUAGGUCACGGCAGGGGUGACGGCAGCAGCAGCGGUAGGGACUAUUCAGUGACUCCCUUCUUGUCCCACCCGCACGAACGCUCCUCUUCGUCCCAUGACGGCUCCGAUAGCUGGUUCCCUCACAGCAGGAGACGCUCUUUAGACUGGAGUUUGGUCAAUUCUUCAGCAGGCCAGCCACAAUCUCCUUUUGUUGCCAUAGCCACAUCAGCCGACCCAGGGCAGGAAAGCUGUUCUGCAACAGCCGCUGCCGCCGCCGCAGCAGCAGCAGCGUCGGCUGUCCAGCGGGAGGAGCGCUCCAAAGUGUUGAGAGAGCGACAGAACGAGGAGCGCCAGCGCAAGUUGGAGGAGCUGAAACAACAAGCGUUGGCGACGCAAAAAUUUCGUGAACAGCAAGAAGAGGAACGUCGUCGCCGAAUGGAGGAGCAGCGCCUACGCGACCUGGAACGGCGCACCCAGGUCGAGGAGCGCAAAAAGGCCAUCCUGGAAGCAGAACGCGAACGACGGGAGGCCAUGCUGCGUCGCAGUGAAGACCGCGGCAUCCGACAGGAGACGAAGCGCCGCAACGAACGCGGAUCCAUCGCCUUUGCCUUUGGCAGCUCCACGCCGAGGAUGCUGGAGCCUGUCGACAGCUGCUCAAGUUAUUGGGGUUCCAGGAGGGCCACGUCAACCACCAAUGUCAUGUCUGCCUCCAGUCACGGACGCGUGACGUUGAACGAGGCUACCACACCCAAUGGCGGUGGCAAUAACAACAAACUUCGAGCCUCUUCAGUCUUUGGACUUGAUCAGAAUCAAGAUGACGAAAGCAACGACCGCGGGCAACGACAGCGGGGGACUCAAGUCGUUGAAUGGGAAACUCGGCGUCGAGCAUCAGAAGUGAUGACGUCGUCCCCUUCGACGACGACCGCCGUUGGUAACGACACAGCCAAGAUCUCGGCUUUGGGCCAACAACACCAACUACAACAACAGCAACAGCCAUACUACCAAUACCAUCACAACUACAAUAGGUGGUCGGCUGGUCGACCUCAUACAAGUUCACUCUUUGGUGCCGGAUGUUUCUUUCUAGGUGAUGACUUGAUGACGCAAUCGACUUCAGCUGUUCAAGGCGGCAGGAGGAAACGGACGGAUCUGAUUCCGACGAUCCCAAUCCACCGGGGUGAAGGCGAUCGAUCGCCGCGCUCGCCUCUCUACGGCUCGUCGUCCGGCGCCUCGUCCAGCCGGGGAUCCGUCAAUCGCUCAACAGGUAUGUCGGUCUCGAUGUCGCGAUUGGAUCAAUUGUCGCACCAUCGCCGUCGACUCUCGCAAAACCAAUUGCCCUCCCCCACCACUCCCUUACAGCCCUUGCACGAAUCCGAGCCCCAACAGCCACAACCAACGGCCUCCUCCUCUACUACCAAAACGGCCUCCAAUUCCUCCACACGGUCGUCUCGACCCGCAUCCCGAUCGCACCACUCGUCGGCGGCUACAACAACAACAACCGCGUCGUCUCCGUCGUCUCCCCAAGGAACGAUUGCAGCACGAGGCAAUCGCAGCAUGUCAAAAAGCAUGUCCCAUUUGGCUCCUGGCCGUCCUUCUUCUUCUUCGGCUAAUAAAGCCGGCGCUCCAUCAGUCGACGGCUCGACUCCUCCGCCACGUAAUGGCGCAACGACAACAACGACGCGAGCCGAGCGUUUGCGCCAGAAAGCGCGGCAGCAUGCACCGCAACGCCCUCAACAUGGUCUACGGAGUGGAGACAUAACACCAUCGUCGCCGACGAGGCCGUUGAGUGCCUUGAGUCAGGUGAGCAGCGUGAGCACGACGGUGGCUAGCAGCAGUGCCAGCAUCAGUGGACACGUCCGAGCACGUACCGCUCCGGCCGGAGGCAGAAAACCACGUCCAGUAAGCAUAGCCGGAACGGGUAUGUCGCUCAGCGAGGCGGCUCGAACCUCUCGUGCCUCACGUGAAAACAUCAACAGCCGCGAGCGGAGUAAAGAAACGAAGGAGAAGGAGAACGAGAGAACUCGCCAGACGCAACCGACGCCAGCGACAACGCCACGUCCGGCCAGAGCGCGAAGUGCUGACAUGCGUAAAGACAACAAUAACGCCGCCACACACAAGUCGAGUCCCGAAGGUGCUCCGUCGCAGCCGAGCCACGCCAAACGGCCAAACAGGGACGCCGGCAGACAUCCGUCGGCCAGAGAGACUAAAACGCCCGUCAAAGCCACGGCCGAGGCCCCCAAGAGCGCCAAAGGAGUCAAGACGGAAGAAGGAGCUGCUACCACUAGCAAAGCUAAUAAUAAAUCGGUGGCGGCAGCAGCAGCAGCAACCAAAAAGGCGGAUGAGGAAGCCGUCAAGGCAGCAGAACUGGUUCAAGUGACAGUUCCGCCAGCCGAUUCCCAGCCAGAAUCUAAGGAAGUGGUGAACGUCAAAGUUGAAGAAAGCCACGAUCCCACAGCUGUUGAAACGCUUCCGGCUGCCAACGAGACCGAAAUGAUUUCGAUGACGGACUCUACUGCGUCCGGUGAUGCUCCGGAUGUUGAAAUUCUUCCUCCCGUCAACACCACCAACAAUGACGUGGCUGUCGUUUCCACUCCGUCGGAAGUAUCGAACGUUGAGGGACAAGUCUCCGUCGACUCGAUUCCGUCCGGAGCGACGACUCCAUCGGAGACGGGCUCGGUAUCUGGUGAUUCGGUUCCUUUGUCGUUGACGUCGCGUAAAAUCAUUUCGUCUGAAGAGGAGGCCAAAGCGGCCCUGGCCGAAAAACGGCGCCUGGCCCGCGAGCAGAUGGAACGCGAAGCCGAACGCGAGCGCCUUAGAGCCGAGGAGGAACGUCUGCUGGAAGAGGAGCGACAGAGGCAGGAAGAGCUCGAGCAAAAAUUGGCUGAAGAAGAAAUGGACCGGAUGGCGCUAGAAGCUCGUCAAGCCGAAGAGGAACGCCUCCAAAAAGCCAUUGAGGAAACGCAGCGCCGUGAAGAGGAGGAGCGCCUCCGCCGGGAGGAGGAAGCUCGCCAGCGGGUCGAGAAGGAGCAGCAGGAUCGCAAGGCUCGCGAAGAAGCUGAGAAGCUGCGCAAAGAGAACGAGGAGCGUCUGCGUCGCGAAGAAGAAGAGCGACAGGAGAGGCGAAAGCGAGUUGAGGCUAUCAUGGCUCGAACGCGAGGCAAGAGCAGCGGUCCUGGGUCGAGCAACAACAAGAGCGGCAACGAGCUCAACAACGCUGUGAGCAGCGACCAGUCAGCCAGUGACGUGACCAGCGUCGGGAUGAUGAACAACAGCAUCAGCCAACCCGAUCUGCUGGGCGAUAUUGUAAAUAAAAGCACGAGCAACGGCUCUGGCGACGGCAACAACAGCAACGGGCAAUCGUCUUUGUCGCCCGACGACGACUCGCUGAUGGAUGAUGACACCACCAAGCAGAAGAACAAUGGCUUCCACCUACACCACAAUCACCAUCACAACAACCAACAUAUCGACGCGACAGAUUCCUCCUCCUCCCUAGCAAGCACCACCAGUGAUUUACCAGACAUCUCGAACGUCACAGCCAACGCUGACAGCGACAGCGUCAACUCGAUUGCCAGUACUAACAACAUAACCGCCGAAGUCGAGCCUGUCGAAUUUUUAGCUUGAAAAGUUGACUUUCGGCUGUAUCCCCCAUUUCCUCCUUUUUCUUUAUUUUUUUGGUCCUUCCUUAUUUUUUCCUUUUUUUGAUUUUUUUUAAAACGUCGUUUAUCCAUUUCUUAAUAUUCUUGCUAGAGAAAGAAGCUCAGCGCGCUGGGGUUUAGACGGAUCAAUCACGGCCAUCGUUUUCCUCGAUUUUCUUUUUUUUGACCCCCCAAAAAAAAAGAAUUAUUUAAAAGUGAAGAAAAAUCAAAUGUAGAUGAUCGCUUCUUCUUCGCAUCGAAAGGAAAAGUCCUUGUUUGUUUGUUUACUUUUCAACUGGUAACCAUCUAUUUCUACAUAAUUUUUUUUUUAUUGUAUUCCACAUUUUUCUUGGUCGUGGGCUUUAAUAGCGAAACUGAAAGAAAAGGAGUUUUCUUCACGAGGAAAAUUGUGCGAGGAAAAGUUGCAGCUGGUUAAUGUUUUCUUCUAUUUUCUUUUCGUCUUUCGAAUCGCGGUCGAUGAGUUUUUAACUAUUUUCAUAAACAUCUGCAUGUCUAUGUUCCGACGAGAACUUUCAUUUCCCCUUUCCUAUCAAACUGCCUCCUUUCUAGGAUGUUUUAUAGACAUUCUUGAUUCAAUUCUUAUAUAAUUUUGAAAUGUAUUUUUCCUUUAGUUUCACUCCCCGCUUUGUCCAUGUUUUCUCCUUGUCCUUCAUAGAAGAAGAUAACUUAUACCUUUCAAUGUUUAACAAUGAAGGUGUGUCCUCCCCUGUCUUAACCCCCCCACCCCCACCCUCUUUUUUGUGUGUGUUCCGAGUGCGUGUUUUUUUGUCGGCAGGGCUGGAGAGUUUGGAAGUUGUGAUGAGGGGAGAUGUGUCUUUAGAACUUUAAAAAAAUGAAAUAAAAAAGGAAACGAGUUCCAGGAAUGAUUUAAAUGUGUACAACCCCUUCACACUCGUUUUUCUCCGGCGUGUUGGAGUAAAAGAUGAAUAAACUCUUGUAAUCUCA